AUGCCGGUUGGCAGGACCAUUGCCCUCGAGGUCGAUAGCUUCGACACCAUCGGCAGCAUCAAGGCCAAGAUCGAGUACAUGGAUGGUAUUCCCAAGGGCCAGCAGUGCCUCAUCUUCGCCAACAAAUGUCUAGACGACGACGACGUCACCUUGGCUGACCACUACAUCUGCAAGGACUCCACCCUCCUCGUCCUCCAGCCGCUUAGUCCGCGAGUAGGUGCUAUGAUGCGCAUCUUCGUCACCAAGCAGGAUGGGAAGACCCUCACCCUUGAUGGGGUUGCAAGCUCGGACACUAUGGAUUGUAUCAAGGUGAAGAUCUACGAGAAGGAUGGGGAUGCAUGGCACUCGCCCGAUACAACAGUACCUCCUCUUUAA